AUGUUUGGAUUCACCCAAGGAGUUGUUUAUAGUUAUGAGCUCUAUGUUCCGAGACCUUGAGAAUUUUUCGUCAAAUCACCAUGUGAUUCCUGACCGUUCAAUUCGGUUUUCGGUCCGAGCAUAGCACCGAGCUACAGGCAGUCAGGCUGGUGGAACAUGUAACCAGAGGGUUCACCCUCAGCUUGUGUACUGGAAUCUUGCUUUUGGAUGUUUCAAAAGCCUUUGACAAGGUGUGGCACGCGGGCCUCUUCUAUAAGCUAAUCCAAAAGGCUUUUCCUUUUUGGCUUUUAAAAUUACUGAAAUUCUUUCUUGAAGGGAGGAAGUUUCGGAUCAAAAUUAACAAUGUUUUGUCAACAACACGGCCAGUACGGGCCGGUGUUCCUCAGGGUUCGGUCCUAGGACCAAUCCUUUCAUCGCUUUUCAUCCAUGAUGUCAACCCCAGCAACUGAAGUCUACCUCUAUGCUGACGACCAGUCGUGUACUGGUGAUGUGGUUCACUAUGGGUUGCAGAAUGCGGUGGACGAAGUACUAGAGUAGGCGGAACGGUGGCUGAUAAAAAUUGAAUAUUCGGAAACGCAGGCUAUUUAUUGUACCAAAAACGUCGCGGCCCCCCAGCAGAAGUUUCUGAAGACGGAAAUCGUGUACCAUGGACAAAUUCUGCCAAGUAUCUCGGUGUCACCCCUGAUAAAGGCAUGGCCUGGCAGAAACAUACAGCACCCAUAAAAACAAAAUUCCAAAUUGCGUUUCGGCAACUAUAUCCUUUGUUAUGUAGAUCCUCCAAAUUGAGUUUGACCAACAAAGUUCGACUAUAUAAAAUGGUUAUUAGACCAGCCAUUACUUAUGCUUGUCCUGCUUGGUGUUUUCUUGCCAAGACACACAUGCAAAGUCUUCAAGUACUGCAAAAAAGGGCUUUGCGGACAAUUUGCAACGCUCCAUGGUAUGUCUCAAAUGAGACACUACACAGAGACCUUGACAUUCCUUACUUGAGCGAUUGAGUCAAGCUUCAGGCGCAGCGACGUUAUAGUCAAGCGGAAUCGCACAGCAACCCCCUGUUGCCUGACUCAGUGGACUACACAGUGAAGCAAGUUCGUAAACGGUCAAGGCCACGGCUCGCACUUUAAUCAAAAGCUAGCGCGAAUUUUUAGUAAACUCAAAAUUACACUCUAACAAAACCGAAUCAAAAAUUUUUUUAGUUCACCUCAAAAUCAAUCCGUGUACCAAGUCAAAAAGCCUGUGUUUCCUCUUAGACUAACCACAUCUGAUUUCUUUGCUCUUCUCUUCUCUUUCCCUUUUUCUUUUUCCUUGACUUUGUUUGGUUUCUGGGCAACCAGGACUGACAGAUUCGACUAACGUACAUUAGACAGUGACUAAUGGGCAAAGGUCCUACGGACCGCCCAGACAAGCAAAUGACGAAUAGUAGCUAUUUGUUCCAUUUUUGAGCUCUUAAAUCCUGCACUAUAACGUAUUGUGUUGAGAAAUACUUACAAGCAGUUUGGUGGUGUGAAAGGUUAUCAUCUUAUUUUCUCCCUUCCUAAAAUGAAAAAGUGGCAUCUGGCAUAAUAUAUGUUGUUGACAAUGGUGUCAAAAGGGCAACGUCAUAUUUUGUCAUUUGUUAGUUAGAAGUAGGAAUAGGCAUUUUUAUAUGACACUUCUAGUUCCGAAGGCCUUGACAGUGUCCGAAAAGUGCUAGGAAGACAACAGAGAGAUGGUUUUUGAAGCAAUACUGUUUGGUGAAAAACAAAUGCCCAUUGGGGAUCGAAACAUGGUCAUGACCUACCAAAGUGUUUUAUAAUGAAAAUUCUCGAGCAUGAUAAAAAAAUGUAAAAAUCCCUUAACCUUUUUUUAUACGUUUUUCAGCUAUCUGGACACUUUGUAGAUUUGUCUAAAACAUUGUAAAGCUUGGUGACUUUGAAAUCACUCACGUGCUUUUCAGAAGUCUGCACUUACAGAGUGGCCGAUAUGCGACUGACUGGUUUGUGAAAUGAA